UUUCUAGGCUGUGUCCAUUAAUAAAGCCAAGGAAUGAGUCUAUGCUGUGCUUCCGAUGUUUGCUUUAUAAGUAUUACAUGAAUGAGAUAUGCGUGCCAUUCAAGGGUUCGGGCUUCCUACUUUGUAGAAGCAAAAUUCUGCGGACCCGCUGUUACGGCAUCAUAUUAACCUGCAACAAUACCAUUCCAAUUGGCUCAUAUUCAUUAAAGUCUCAGAAUUUGAGAUGGCAUGUCAAUUCAAACUUCAAAACUUCAGCAUAUUUCAAAAAUCAACAUAAUUCAAAACUGAUUGGUGGUUAUGAUUUCACGACAGACCAAACAUAAACAUUUUCAAGAUGAUGUUAGGAUCAACAAAAACAAGCAUACUAAUGCAGCCAAGGUUGCAGGCCUGGAAACAUCUUCAUAUUGCUCAAAUCAUGAAGGUUCUCAAAAUCAGAGCAAAAAUAUCUCAAAAGGAGCUUGUGCAGCCAUGCGUGCUACUAAACAACAGCAUGGUACAGGCAGUAGGUUAGUGACCAGCUCAACGAUGGCUGGCACUACAGUAUUUUUGAAGAGCUGGAAAAGUCAAAAUAAGAAAGUAGCUGUUGCUACAGUAGUAAGUUGCGAUCCAACACACAAACUUGAUGGUGUCCCAAUAGGAAAUGAAUUUUGGAUAGUGCGUGUCAAUGUUGUAAUUGCUGCAGACGAAGCAUUGAUACGGCCAUACAAAACCUACAAAUUUAUCGGUGAUGCAGAUGGAGCUAAUAUUGCUUGGCCUUCAACAUUUGUUGAAAAGAUAAAUUGGUGAUGGUUUCAAUGACAUGCUUGAUGGAGGAUGGACAGUGG